UUUGAUGAAGACUCUUCUUUAUAUUCCUCGUGUUUCUCUCCUACUGUCAGUUGUCAGGCUAUUGCUAAAUAACCUUCUUCGGUAUUUGGCUUUGUUCCUUGCGGAUUAUAGUUACACUGUAAAAAAAAAUGAAUUUAGAACUUCUCGAAUCCUUUGGUCAGAAUUAUCCAGAGGAAUUCGAUGGGACAUUGGACUGUAUAUCCCUUGCAGUAACAUGUACAUUCAAUAAGAGAGGAACUUUGUUAGCAGUGGGAUGCAAUGAUGGGAGGAUAGUCAUCUGGGAUUUCCUUACGCGAGGAAUAGCGAAAAUAAUAAGUGCUCAUGUUCACCCAGUUUGCUCACUAAGUUGGUCGAGAAAUGGCCACAAAUUACUCAGUGCAUCUACUGAUAAUAACGUCUGCAUAUGGGAUGUAUUGUCCGGUGAAUGCGAUCAGAAAUAUCGAUUUCCAUCGCCAAUAUUAAAAGUACAAUUUCACCCAAGAAAUCCGAAUAAAUUCCUCGUUUGUCCCAUGAGACACGCAGCUGUUUUGGUUGAUACGGAGGGAACGCAUAGGGUUAUGCCCUUGGAUGAAGAUAGUGAUCUCAAUAUUGUAGCAUCAUUUGAUCGUCGUGGCGUUUACAUCUACACUGGCAACGCUCGAGGUAGAAUACUCGUCCUCGAUUCUGAAACAUUGAGCAUCAGAGCGUCCUAUAAGAUUUCCCAGGGUACAGUCAGUAAUACAGCAGUGAAAAGUAUUGAAUUUGCUAGGCGUGGAUCAUGUUUUUUAGUGAAUACAUCUGAUCGUGUAAUACGCGUCUACGAUAGUACUGAAAUAUUAGCGUGUGGCAAAGAUGGUGAACCAGAGCCGAUUCAAAAACUUCAGGAUUUAGUGAAUAAAACAAUGUGGAAGAAAUGUUGUUUCUCUGGUGAUGGUGAAUACGUGUGUGCAGGUUCUGCACGACAACAUGCACUCUACGUUUGGGAAAAGAGUAUUGGAAAUCUAGUGAAAAUAUUGCACGGCACGAAGGGAGAACUAUUGUGCGAUGUAGUGUGGCAUCCAGUCAGGCCAAUAAUAGCUUCAAUAUCAUCGGGUGUUGUUUCGAUUUGGGCGCAAAAUCAGGUUGAAAAUUGGUCCGCAUUUGCUCCCGAUUUCAAAGAGUUGGAUGAAAAUGUCGAGUAUGAAGAGCGUGAGAGUGAAUUCGAUCUGAGUGACGAGGAUAAAUCAGUUGUACAAGGGGAGGAGGCACAUGAUGAAGAAAUUGAAGUGGAUGUUGCUGUUAUUGAUAGGGUAGCGGCAUUUUGUAGCUCUGAUGAAGAAACCGAAGACAUUGGAUCACUACAAUUUCUCCCUAUAGCCCCAGACGUGGAAGACAAUGAGGAGAGUCAACCACAAACACAUGAGCCACCAUCAAAGAAACAUCGUUCCCAUGAUAUUCAUUUGUCGGGAGCUCCUGUUGAUGAAACGCAUCCUCUAUUGAACAAAGGAAAAGACAAACCAGCAGCCAAAAAAGGACGACCGCGGCUCGAACAUCGUAAGGGCAAAUAAGAACUAUUGACUUCGUAUUUUCCCUCUGAAAAUUCAACACAGAUGGAUUGUAAAGUGCUGCCUCUUGCAACAGAACACUCAAGUAAAAUAACGUUCAAAGGUUAUGUUCUUAUUGGACUUAUUUUGAUGGAGAAGUGUAAUCAUUCGUGAGAAAGAUAAAAAGGCAACAGCCAUUCGAAGUACUAUCGAAUAUAUAUACUUUCACAUAAAUGUAACAAAUUGCGAGAUUAAAGAGUUGAUUGCGCGAGUAAA